AUGCCGGAUUCGAGCAGCUUAUGUGAAUCAGCAGAUAUGAAGGGAAAAUCGGCUCACAAAAAGAACUGGACUCGAUCCGUGAGUGGCGUCGCCGACUAUACAGGGCGUUCAAGCAUCGUGCGCAUCCGGCACGAAUCCUCGUCACGCCGCCUCCAGAAGCCCACCGUAUGUUUGCUCUGACGCCGUUAUUUGCUUGCCCGAAAUUCCGCAGACAGUUUUGCAGUUCGCAUCGCCGACGACCUCGUCGUGGACAAGAACCGACAGGUGCUGAUCAGUCGGAAACAGCCGAGUUGGCAGACGAUGCUCGCCGCCAAACGCAUUCAGACUUUUGGUCGUGACGUCCAGGGAAAUGUUCAUAAUGUUCCAGCUUCCUUCUGAAACCAUUCAACUCAGGUCGUGCCGCUGUUCGGAGUCGAUCCGGCCAAUGUCUCUCGUCAAUCAUUAUUAUCCAAUCAAGACCCUAUCCAGUUGGAUUUCUCACAGACUUCUGGAAAAAACUAUUUUGCAGACCUUACCUGCCGCAAGCUCCAACUCGAGAGUCUGGAACGACCUAUCGUACCUCAGGAGGACAAAACGUGGUCUUCAUUCCUGCCGCCCAAAACUUAUUCGCUUCUACUGGGACUCAAAUAGUCCCUGCUCCCGCAGCUUCCUACCUCGUCACCGUGAAUAAUUGACAUUUUAAUGAAAAACCCGAAAAAUUUAUUAGAGUUUCUCGCGUAAUUUUAUAAGAUGUUUGGUUCUCACUGUGGGUCAUUUAGAAGUUUGAAGAAGAAGCCUCAAAAGACGAUUAUGAGGAUUCCUGCAAACGAAGUUCAAAAUUUCAAUGAUUCAAAAUUUAAGCCUUUAAUAUGGGUUUUAAUCUUCCAAAUGUCUUUCAUGAAAGUUUCGCGUUGGCUCGCGGAAUCUUCACAUCAGGACCCAUGAUCACUUUUUUUCUGAGUUUGCAGCUUCCCUCUUCACACUCCCUUUUUUAAAAAUGCAUUCGCACUUUUCUUCAUAAUUUAAAGACUUUAGGCGACUCCCGCUGUCAAAUACGUAGAAGUAGUAGCCGCUACACGACCGCCUCAAAUCCAGUACAUUUAUCCUUCUCCUCAACAGCCGACAGUCCAGGCGGCCCCAGAAUACCUCCCGCUGAAAGGAGUCGCGCCGUUGCCCCCACAGACUCUGCAAGUUCGAACCAUUCUGGUUCUCUGGAAAAGACUUCUUAAGGCCUUCACAGCUCCGCCCCCGGCUCCAAAUAUGCCAGUUUAUACUGCUCCUACAGCCCCUCCUCUUCCGUACAGCACAUUCGCCCCCUCUGCCGAAGAACUUCGUCAAGAGGAGAUCCACGAGACGGCCAUGAACAACGACGUCUGAAGUUCCUUUUCUUCUCAGUCAUUCAAAUCUUUCAGUGCAGCAUGGGUCAAUGCGAAGCGAUUCCAUCUGAGGAUAAAUGCAACAGCCUCCGGUUGAGAAAUAUCAUAAUGAAUGUGCGUUUCUUAUUUCGAAAAAGAAAACUUUAGGCUUCAGAACAUAGUUCCUGCGGAUGCAGAAGCUUCUAAAAAAGCCGUACAGAGCGCGGCAGAAGCUGAGACAGGCCAAUAUUUCGACGCCGUUUGCGGCACCGGCUUUUUUUCAGCUACAUAGGUUUUUUUCAAUUAAAAAAAUUUUCAUAAAAAAACACUAUAUAUGAGGAUCGAGCUCUGGGUUUUAGGUCUUACUCCACAUAAAUAGGAACUUCUCAAUUUUUUAAGAAGGUUGACUGAUACACAAACUGAAAAAUAUCUGCAGUAAUCCAAACAGAAAAAUGAAGUUUAGCCCACACGGACGAGUUCUGCCUGGCAUCGUCAGGCGGCGUCAACUGUUACGUCUUUUCCCCCGUCUGCUCGUCCGGCAUGGAGCUCAAAAAAGCUCGAAAAAAGAUCUUUGUCAACAGAAACUAA